AUGUUGCAGAGCUUAGAAUUUUCAGAGGAGUUCAUAGAGCUGAUUAUGGAGUGUGUGACAACUCCUAAGUUCUCUAUCAUGAUUAAUGGCUCAAUGCAUGGUUACUUUAGCUCUGCUCAUGGUUUGAGGCAAGGAGAUCCCAUGUCUCCACUACUCUUUGUACUAUGCAUGGAGUAUCUCUCCAGAAUACUACAUAAUGUGAGCAAUAUGCCCCAAUUUCACUUUCACCCUAACUGGGAGUUUGCUUCAGUUUAUUUGUUGCUUCAAGCUUUCAAGCUGUUUUCAAGCACCUCAGGAUUGAAAGCUAACAUGGAUAAGUCUUCCUUAUACUGUUGUGGAAUGAAAGGAAGUGAUGUGCAGAGAACAAUUGAAGUUUCAGGGCUUCAUAUUAGUGCCCUUCCUUUUAGAUAUUUGGGAGUGCCUAUCUGCUCAAAAAAGAUUUCAGUGGCUCAGUGUGAUGGCUUGGUGGAAAAAAUGGCUGCUAGGAUAAGAAUUUGGAGCACAAAACACUUGUCAUAUUAUGCUAGAAUGUUGCUGGUGAACACUGUCCUACUGAGUCUUGAUCAGUACUGGGCUCAAGUUUUUACUCUUUCCAAGAAGGUUUUACAAGAUAUUGAGAGAGUAUGCAGCAUCAAAGAACAGCUAAAGCUUUUAUAUACUAAAGCUGAAUUUCUGAAUAUGCAUCACUACUCUACUAGCCAAGUAUAUGGUAAGUUGUUGGGGGAUAUGGCUCCUGUUUACUGGGAUAAAAUUGUGUGGAAUAGGCAGAGUAUUCCUAAGUAUAGAUUUAUUAAUUGGCUUGUUGUGCAGCUCCAAACUACCAGUAGACUUGCCAAGAUUGGUAUAAGUUCUAUUGCUACCUGUCUCAUAUGUGGCAAUGCUGAUGAAACUCAUUCCCACUUAUUCUUUGAGUGCCAUUUUGGGAAGAGAUGCUUGGUUGCAAUUAAGAGCUGGUUACAGAUUGGUCCCAUUACAUCUGAUAUGGUUCAGCUGUAUAGAUGGAUUGGUAGAAGUAAAUGCUCCAAAUUCAAGAGAGCAGUUUGGGCUGUUGCUUUAGCAGCUGUUGUUUUCAUGAUUUGGAGAUGUCGCAAUGAUGUCUAUUGGAAGCAAAAUGUUCCUUCAAUAUACAAGAUUGUAGAUGAGAUCAAAUACUUUGUAAAGAUCAGAAUACAAGCAGUAUUGCCUUCGAAAAUUACUAGAAGAGAUUAUACUACCUCUGUUUUUAUUUAG